GGGGGGGGGGCAGGGGGAAGAUGCUCCAAAACGCAUUAUCUUUUUCCCUCCGCUCCUUAUUCGUUUUUGGCAAGAAGGUUUGGCGUGUGGUCCACUCCUUCCUCUUUGGAUGCUUUUGUGCCGCUGCUCAAUUCGCGGACGAUUUUCCGUAUCCAUUGGCCAAUCAGCAGCGGCGAAUCUGGGCCGCUGCUUCCUUGCUCCUGGACAACACGCCUCACUUUUUUCCUGCCCGCUGUUCCAAAAAAGCGUUCUCGAUCCAUCUCCUUUGGGCUGUGGGCCGCUGCCCAACACAGGGGUUCGUCCAUUCGUGGACACUCGUGUACGUGGAUCCAGGCCCAGGAUCCUAACAUUAUUAUUUUUAACUUUUAUUGCAACGCGCGCGCAACCUGAGGAGUCCUUCAGUAAGCACCAU